AAUCACUUAGUUUUCUUGUAGGAGUUUAUCAUUCCUGGUGCAGUGGGCAGCAGAGGGAACCGUAUUUCCUCAGGGAUCGACUUCUAAAGUCUCUUGACACGUGAGGAAGAACCCCGGAAGAGGAAGAGGAAAGCAAAGGAGUCAGGGAUGGCUCUUCCUCAGGGUCCAUUGACAUUCAGAGAUGUGGCCAUAGAAUUCUCUCCGGAGGAGUGGAGAUGCCUGGAGCCUGCUCAGAGGACUUUAUACAGGGACGUGAUGCUGGAGAACUACAGGAACCUGGUCUCCCUGGGAAUCUCUCUUCCUGAAAUGAAUAUUGUCUCCACGUUGGAGCAAGGGAAAGAGCCCCGGACUGUGGAGAGUGAAGUGAAAAUAACAAAAACAUCAAAUGGUUGGAAAUGCGUCAAAGGUGUGAACACAGGUGUCUCUCCUACACAUAUGAUCAAGGAGUUACCACCAAAAGAGAACAAUAGCACAGGAAAAGCCUUCCAAGCAGUAAUACUGGAAAGACGUGAAAUCCAUGACAUCAAAGAUUUUUACUUCAGGGAAAUGCAGAAAAAUGUUCAUGACUUUGAGUGUCAGUGUCACAGUGAUGAAAGAAAUUACAAAGAAACACCUGUGAUUAAAAUAAAAAACAUCACCAGAAGAAGAGAUCAAUGUGAUAGAAGGAAAGCUGGAAAUAAGCCAGUUGAAAAUCAGCGUGAACUGAGCUUAAAGUCGCAUCUGGCUGAACUGCAGGGAUUUCAAACUGAAAGGAAAAUGUAUGAAUGUAAUGAAAUUGAGAAGUCUGUCAUCCACGGCUCCUCAGUUUCACUGCUUCAAACAAAUCUUCCUCGUGUCGACACCAGCAUUUCUAAUAUAUGUAGGAAUGAUUUUAUGCAUCCUUCAUUACUCACACAAGAACAGGGAGCACAGAGUAGGGAAAAACCGUACAAAUGUAAUGAUUGUGGCAAGGCCUUUCAUCAGAGGUCCCACCUUGAUACACAUCAGAGAAUCCACACUGGACAGAAACCAUAUAAAUGUGAUAUAUGUGGCAAAGCUUUCAGUCAAAUUUCAAACCUGGCAAGUCAUCACAGAAUUCAUACUGGAGAAAAACCUUACAAAUGUAAUGAGUGUGGCAAGGCCUUUAAUCAGGGGUCCAACCUUACUAGACAUCAGAGAAUCCAUACUGGACAGAAACCAUAUAAAUGUGAUGUAUGUGGCAAAGGUUUCAUUCAAAAAUCAAAAGUAGCAAGUCAUCACAGAAUUCAUACUGGAGAGAAAACUUACAAAUUUAGAGUGUGGCAAGGUCUUAAGUCAACAUUCAUACCUUUAAAACCAUCAGAUAAUUCACACUGGAGAGAAACCUUACAAGUGUAAUGAGUGUGACAAAGCCUAACUAAUCUUCAGGUCAUCCAUACUGGAGAGCCCUUAUAAAUGUAAUGAGUGUGGCAAGACUUUUUUUCAGAGUUCAAAACUUGUAAAACAUCUCAGAAUUCAUUCUGGAGAGAAACCACACAAAUGUAAUGAAUGUAGUAAGGCAUUUAUUCAAAAUUCAAGGCUGGUGGACCCUCAGAGAACUCACUGGAGAGAAACCUUACAAGCGUAAUGAGUAUGGUAAAACCUUUAUUGUGUGUUCAAGCCUAACUAACCAUCAGGUAAUUCAUACUGGAGAGGAACCUUACAAAUGUAACGAGGAUGGAAAGGCUUAUGUGAAGCAGUCCCACCUUAGACAUGAGAGUAUUCAUACUGGAGAGAAGCCAUACAAAUGUACUGAAUGCAGCAUGGCUUUUAGAUAAUGGAUGGAUAUCAGAACUCACCAAGGAAUCCAUGCUGGAGAGAAACCUUAGAAGCGUGAUGAGUGUGGAAAAACCUUUACCAAGGCCUCUCACCUCACUACACAUACACGAUCAUCCAUACUGGAGAGAAACCAUAUGAAUAUGAUGUAUGUGGCAAAUUCUUCAGCAAAAUUGUCAUCUGGAAAGUCAUCAUAGGAUUCAUACUGGAGAAAAGCCUUACAAAUGUGAUGUGUGUGGCAAGGUCUUCAGUCAAAAUUCACACCUUGUAAAUCAUCGGAGAAUCCAUACUGGAGAGAGACAUUACAAAUGUGAUGAAUGUGGUAAGGCUUUCAGCAGGUGUUCACAUCUUAGGCUUCAUGAGAAAAUUCACACGGGAGAGAAACCAUACAAAUGUACUGAGUGUGGCAAGGCCUUUAGACAGUGAUGUGACCUCAGGAUUCACCAAAGAAUUCAUACUGGAGAGAAACUACGGAUGUCUUGAGUCUGGCAAAGCCUUUACUCAGGGCUCAUACCUCAAUAAUCAUCAGAUAGUUCAUACUGGAGCGAACCUUCCAAAGGCACUGAAUGUAGCAAGGCUUUUAGGCAUGGCCCUAAACUCAGGACUCACCAAAUAAUUCAUACUUGUAAAUGCAAUGAAUAUAGCAAUGUUUUAAAGCAGUGUUCACUACUCUAUUAGACAUAAGUAUCUAAUAUAUCUUGGGGAAAAGGCACACAAAUGUAAUGUGUGUGACAAGGAUUUUAUCUGAGGACCAGAAGUUGGAGAACAAAAUUCAUACUGGGGAGAAACCUUACAAAUGCAAUGAGCAUGGGAAAACCUUUACCACAGUUCAAGUAUUACAUGACAUCAGAGAGUCCAUAUUGAAAAGAAACCAUGUAAAUAUCAGGUAUGUGGCAGAGGCUCUAUUCAGGCUUCACAGUGCACUAGAUAUUAAAGUAUACAUCUUUUGCUGGGCGUGGUGCUCACGCCUGUAAUCCCAGAACUUUGGGAGGUUGAAGUGGGCGGAUGAACUGAGGUCAGGAGUUUGAAACCACCCUGGCCAA